AUUGUGUUCGAUUGCUGCCCAUGAUAAUCAUAUCAGGCACGAAUUUGACCAGGCCCAAUCUAGGAGGUGACUUGAUCGUCAGAUUAUGCAUGCGAUCUUGCGGAGGCGGUUGCAGAUAGAAACUCCCAAGGUUACCCCAAUUCUGGCACAAGGGGACGUACCAGCCAACUGUAAACAAUCAUCGGCUUGCUCAACCAUCGUAUGGUAAUCGUGCCGAAACUUGAAGUGCAACCUCGCCAUGUCAUCUAUGCUGAACACGACCGCGGCUUUGCAGCACAAAACCGUGCUGCCAGCGUCGGCCAGCCCUGAAACGCUCAUACGUCUGCUUCAGAAACACACAUUUUUCAUCGAGUGUGAUCCUCAUAUGGUUUCCUACGACAAGGUCCCAAUGUCUUCACCAGCACCUGUCAUCCCAUCAGAGCGCAAAGUUGCAGCUCUGGCCGGGCGGGAACCCGAGUGCUACAAAGUGACAGAUCGCGUACACGCUCUGCCGGCCGGUCUCUGGGACAAAGACGUGGAGAGCAUAUACGAGUUUGUUGAUAUUGAAGAAGGGACUUUUGUGAGGAUUAGAAGUCCCCUUGGGGUGACCAUGGAGACGGUCUGGGAAGUCCAUGAGGGAGAUCGAGGCCAUGAGCUGGUCGAGGACGUUGUAAUCAAGUGCUCCAGACUCUUGAUCGGCACAGUCCGAGGAACCUGUGAAGCCGGGUGGGAAGGCAUCCAUGCGAAGAUGGUAGCUCAUUUGCAGGACACACCCGAGGGAGGGACUGAAUCCGCCUAAGCAGACUGUGUGCCGGAACAAGCAUUCAUCAUGUCAAUUGCAAGAUUGAUGGUUCCUCUUCGACGCGUCGGCGCGCUACUCUAUCUUUACCAGGUAGACUUGGACGCCAAUGGCAGCAUAACUUCGUUACAGAGCCUUUCAUUCCGAACAUCAAUUACCCCUUGGCAUAGAAGGUCACGUAUAUCGACGCGGGACGGGGCAUCAUUCUGC